ACUUGCUGCAGCUGACACACAGCAUUGUGUGUCCUCUCCUGUCUGAGACGCCUCAGUGUGGGUGUGUUUUAGCCUGUGUGCUGGUUAAGUGCCAUUCUGCAGCCAUCUGUGAUGUCGUCAGAUCUCCUGGUCGACUUGAGUGAGGACUCUGCCACGGCUCAGCUGGACAGGCUUAAGCUGGCCACUAUUGAGGACCAGCAGUGGCCUGCAGAUGAGUCAACCCUCAGCAAAUCAGACACUGACAUCUCGCAGCGCUUAGACAGCAUCUCCUCUCACCUGCCCCUGAACCAUCGCUUUUAUGACAUUGCCAGGCAUCACAUCAUUGAAGUUGCAGGUGAUGAUAACUUUGGCAGGAAGGUGAUUGUGUUCAAUGCCUGCAGGAUGCCACCAGUGCACGAGCUCAACCAUCACAACUUGCUGAUGUACCUUAAGGAAACACUGGACCAGUAUGUUGAAAGUGACUACACUCUGAUCUACUUUCAUCAUGGGCUGACUAGUGAAAACAAGCCAUCUCUCGGCUGGCUUCGAGAAGCUUACAGGGAGUUUGACAGAAAGUAUAAGAAAAACAUCAAGGCUUUGUACAUUGUCCAUCCCACCAUGUUCAUCAAGACACUGCUGAUCCUCUUCAAACCACUUAUCAGUUUUAAAUUUGGAAGGAAGAUCAACUACGUGAGCUACCUGAGUGAGCUGGAGGAGGUGGUGAAGUGUGAUCAGCUGCUCAUUCCUACACGUGUUAAAGAGUAUGACAACAAGCUGAGAGCCUCUCUGAAACCGGCUGCGCAGCCUCCGAUGUCUCCUCCUCGUAGCCCUCCGCUCCCCGACCAGGUGUUUGGAGUACCUCUCACAUUGCUCAGACAGAGGAGUCCUGGUGGUGAACCUGUUCCUGUGGUCAUGAGAGACACCAUAGAGUUUCUUUCAGAGCAUGGUUUGGAGAUUGAGGGGAUUUUCAGAAGGUCUGCCAACAUAACUUUGGUGAAAGAUGUUCAGCUGAAGUACAACUCAGGUGCACCAGUGAAUUUCAGAGACAUAGAAGAUGUCCACUUGGCUGCUGUUAUUCUUAAGACUUUUUUGAGGGAGUUGCCAGAACCUCUGCUUACCUACCAGCUCUACAACGACAUUGUGAACUUUUCCCCAUCAAGGGACGACCACGUGGCGGUAAUGAAGUCGCUGCUUGAGUCACUCCCUGAGGAAAACUACGCAUCACUCCGAUACCUUGUCACAUUCCUGGCACAGGUAGCAGCCAACAGUGAGGUGAAUAAGAUGACCAACAGCAACCUGGCUGUGGUGUUUGGUCCUAACCUGCUCUGGGGGCGGGACAAUGCCAUGUCUUUGAGUGCCAUUGGUCCCAUCAACAACUUCACUAGGACCCUGCUGGACCAGCAGCAUCUUAUCUUCACCUAGGCCGAGCAGCAGUGUCACAUCACCUUAACCCUCCAUCACUUCCAGUGUUUAGUCUCCGGUUCAUUCGCAGCGACGGACCAAUCAGGUGCAUGAUCAGGGUACUACGUUAGCAACAGCACUUAGAGAGGGUAACGUCAGCUCUUUGUCAAAUAUAAAAGUCAAAAUUGAAACGUAUCAGUAACUAGUUAAUCAAAGAUCUGCCACAGAGACUUCACUCUGGAGAUUUAACACAAUGCGACAGAGAAGUGUCUGUGUCUCUCAGUCAACAGAGCUGCUCACCAAGUCUGAAUAUUGGAGCAGUAAAAACACCACAAACAGAAUCUUCUGAAGUGACAUCCAAGUGAUGAAAUUACUGCACUUCUAUAUAAGCUCUCCUAGGAUCCAAGUCAGGAUGAUACUUUAAUCACUUCAGUCAGCCUAAAGCAUUCAAUGACAGUGCACAUUUACUGUUUCCUAUUCCCUAUAUUCAAUUGAAGUGGUGGGCCAUUCAAUUGAUCAAUAAAAUAAACAAAACUGAGAACCACGACCAAAAUAGUAACAUCCAAAGAUGUUUUUUGGGAAAAAUAUCCAAUUUACUGAUUUAAAAUGUCAAAAGCUUUAGAAACAAUGAUGGACCCACUCCUUAAUGGUCACAAGUCAUAAAUCAGGUGUGGGUGAAAAAUGUUACAGUGAUGUGUUUUUACACCUACAGUUGCUUGUCAGCAGCAGCAUAAACACUACAUCUAUGCCAGAUGAAUCUCAUGAUAAGAAAAAAGCAAAUGGUCUCACUGAAUUAAUCAAUGGUCCUCACUGAUUUAAAAUUACAAUGACAGUAACAUCUGGUCAUUCCAUAGUAACAAAACGGCUAACGCACGUUAGGUGCCAUUUUGAAAAAGAUCACACACUGCUUUGUGCUUGUAGCUGCGAUGUAGCCUCUGUCAAAACUUUGACUGGCUCAUCCAUUUAUUUGGAAGAUUUAAGAUGUAAAUGUAUUCAGCCCAUGUAUAUAGUGUAUGUGGUCUACUUGUUCCUUUCUGUGUAGCAUCAUGGAAAAAGAACGUUAUUCACAGAAAGAACCGUAGAGACUAGAAUGCUGCUAAAAAAAUUAAAAUAUUUUUUAAUAAAAAAUAAUGCAGGUAUUAAAUCUUCCACAAUUUCAAUCCUAAAUAAACAAGGGGAGGGGGUGAGAUGGUGUUUGGGUUUUUCUCUCUGUGAAAGUCUCAGGUGAAUUGGUACCAAACCUUGUUGGACAAUCUGAAAUGCUGUAGUGAAAACAGGCGGCUGGGCAGAAGCUGCAACUCUCCAGGCAGCAGAUGUUAGGAGCAGGGAAACGCAGCUGUGCAUGUGGACAAAAGUUUUCACUUUUGCACUGUAUUAUUUGGCUGUUGGUUUAUGUUGCAACACUUACAGCUUUCUCCGUCACUGUGUUUGAUUAUGUUUCAUAAAUACUAUCAGUCUUUUACCUGUUUUUUAAUUUUUUUAUUAUUUCUGUCACCGCAUCAUAGCAAUGCACACCCGGAGGAACACCUAAACAGGCGCUUGACAUCUUUUUAUUAAAUGGUACGUGAAGUGCAUGAUGUGACAUGGCACAAAAAAAGAAAAUACUUUCCACUUUAGUUUGUCUCCGUGGCAAACGAUGCAGCAUCUACUCGUUAAUACUGUUUGUUUCUGGACCAGACUUAAAUUACUGAACAUUUCCUUGUUGAGAUAGACAUUAAUAUUCCAAAGCCUUGGUUUUAGCCUAAUUUUUUGCUGUGCAUCUCCAAAGUCUGCUUGCUCAAAACAUCACCUGUGUCUUUGUCAGUGUGAUGUUGACCUGUGGUAGUUUGUGUAGAUAAUUCUGGACGUUCAAGAAGACAAUGUCCAGAGAGUAUCAAACAUUGUCGGUUUAUUAUUUUUUAUCUAUGCCGAAAAUCAAAGCAAAUUAAUAGUUCUGUGUUAGUGUUGGUAUGAUUCUUAUUUUGUGACUGAAAAAAAAAACAAACACCAAAAGAUAAAGAUGUUGUUUGACUGAGUUUUGUAUCAAUAGUAACUGGUAUGCUGACAGUGUAUGCACUUCUUGUGUAUGUAUAAGCGUGUGUGUUUGAGUGGGCGCAUGCUUGUGCCUUAUUUGUUACCCUGACGUAAUCGAUCAUGUGACUAGUCAUCAAAGUGCCAGUGUGACUGUGUUGCCAUAGAUUAGAUUAAUACGGGGUGCGUUCAAUGGAUGUAGUGUUGUGUUGUGUGUGUGUGCGUGGUGAGAGAACUGACUAAGGGAGACAGCUGGGCUUCCGUCUGAACACACACUGCUGUAAUGGCCAAUUAGAGACGUCCUACGCAUGACAUAUUUCAUGAAAUAAAUCUGGGGAAUUAUUUAGAAUUUGCUGACUCCUAUGGGUAAGAGUGUAGAUUGCAGCCAGUAAAAGUCUUAACUCACUCCCUUUGCCCCAACACUUAUCAAGUUUCUGAGGAUUUGCAAACCCGACAACAAUGGAAGUCACACUUCUACUGGUUCCUGCACUCAGUCUACUGUAGCAACAUGGAAAAACAAGAUGGGGGCCUGCACAAAGCAAGAGCCAUGCCACAAAAUGCCCAAAUAGAGGACAAGAUUCAAACACAAAUUCAUAAUUUAUUGCUUUUAUAUAUAGUAAAAAUAACAAAUCUUUCAAAGAAAAAUUAGAUUUUUCUGUAAUUAUAGAAAAUGUGUUCAUUACACAUUAAGCACUUUGAAAAUAUUAUCAAAAAUGUCCAGACUUCAAAGUGCACAGAGGCCAAAAUGUUGCUAAUAUCAGAAUAUGACUGAUGCAGAAUCCUGGAAAAAAUAAAGGUCAGCUUUUAAUUGAGAUUUAAAAAAAUGGUUUUAAUAGAUCUGGUCCUUGACUUGGAGUAGGACACUCAAACAUUUUCAGUCAGCCUCUUCUCCCAAGUAAUUAACAAUCUAUUCCCAAUUGUGCCAAAAUAACGAUUUGUGCAACAAUUUUUAUGCGACUAGUGUGACGCUCAAGCAUCCCUUGUCUACUGAUCCAUUACAGCCCAGUCUAAUCUAUGGAGCUUCGUACUGUACCUGUUGUCACGUGAUUAAAAAAAACAUUUCUCCAUAUGAGAAACUAUUUGGUUUUCAAUGCUGUAUUGUUGAUAUGUGGUGAUUUUAUUUUCCAUUUCUUAGAAAUGUUUUUUUUUUCACUUUUUACUUUUGAUAUCUUGUGGAUUUUUGUCCGUUAAUAUAUGAUAUAUUGGUAUUAUUCUGUAAUAUCAGUGUGUGCAUACAAUAAAGACAAUGUCAUUGUAAAC